GCACAGCAGGGGCUCGAAGCUUCGCUAUCCUGCGUCGGAGGAAGACGAAGCUUGUCUGCAGGCAGUUAUCAUUCUGGGGAGUUUGGCACAAGGUAGUUAGAUGACGCUCUGGCCGAUCGGGUAUUCGACCCCAAGACCACGAACUGAUGAUCGAGCAGGCGGUGCGGCCUUCCUUUCUCCCAUCUUCUCCAGUGGCAUUGUCUCCUCUCUUCUCUCGAUUAUCUCCACGCCUGGAUGUCCUUCAUUCUUUGUCCUCCCCAUUCUCCGAAGUUUAAACAACAUCGCGGAUCGGUUACCACUACAGAACCGACAGCUAUCGGCCAAAGACACACGCUUGGCCGACCUACUCUUCUCCAAUGAUCACAUCGGCUGCUUAGUUCAAAUUCUCGGUCAGGACUAUGGUAACCAUCAUGAUCAAGCAGCCAUUGAACUUGCUGCGUCUCUUGUCGGGAAAUUGUGCACGGAGGAGACCCAUAAGGCAGUGUUGGCCGAGUGCGGAGUCUUGGAUGCAUUGGCUGUGAAGGUAGCGUCUUUCAUCGUGGCCCAGGGCUUCGUGCUCCCCGGUGCAGAGGCACAUGUGCAGGAGCCCGGUGCUCUUGGGUCUUUGCCGCCACCUGCACCGGCCGGAGCCAAGCUGGCACCUAUCCUUCGGGCGAUUACGGUCAUCAUCGAGCACUCGAAGUGGCGCGCGGAACACUUUCUGUCAUCGCCGGGUAUACUUACGGUGUUUCCCAAGCAGCUGCCCGAAUUCGCACCAACGGACAUUAAAAAGGGACCAUGGGGUUCUACAUAUCUUUCAGGAUCGGCCGUCCCCCGCCAUGCUGGCGCGAGUCCAUUGGAGCACCUCUUGCCAUCCGUCCCCUUAGCACAAAACAAGUCUUCGGUGAACACUCCCAAUUUCCCGCCUCUAGGGCACCAGAGCACUACUCAUCACCGCCGCCACAGCCAAUCGUUUUCUGCACCGAUGUCGGUUUACGAUGCUCCAACCUCCGAAGACGAGGAAAACCCCAUCAUCCCGUGGCUCCUAUAUAUCGUUCGUGCAGAAAGUGGUAUGGUCCGGUUGAUGGCGGCGCGUCUGGUUACCGUUCUCUUCCGUCUAGGGCUGACCAGAAAGCGACGGGUCUCGAUGCUCUGCUACCUUUUGAUACCAAUCUUGAUUCGCAUGCUAGACAAGGACUACGAAGUAACCGGGGACGACGGGGUGCAAUACGGCGGAUUGAUCCCUUCAAGUGAGCGUCUUCGCGAAGAAGCCCCGUUCGUGCUUGCGACCCUGGUAAUCGAUGAUUUCGAGCUGCAGCGACACGCAGCCGACGGAAAUGCCAUCAAGCGGCUAUCCCAGCUUCUCAAAGAAACGUACAACCCAGUCCAAGAGGUUGUUCGCCCGAUGUGGCUUGCGGAAGGUGAAGAAAGUGCCUCGAGUCCCCCCGAAUCCUUGCCAGCAGAGUGUCGACUGGGACCCCCAGGCUUUUCGCCCGUUCACUGCCAUGUCAUGCGAUACCGUGAGAACAUUCUCAAGGCCUUGGCUGCUCUGGUCCCUUUCAAGGAUGAGUAUCGCAAAGCCGUCUGUGACAAUGGCGUGGUGCCGUACAUUAUUGAUUCGCUGAAACCAUGCUCGGACGAUCAACUGGCAGACACGACAAUCCCCAAGAACACCGCUACCCAUGGCAACCCGACACCAACUCUGCUGGCCGCUUGUGGUGCCGUACGGAUGCUGACGCGCUCAGUCAGUGUUCUACGGACAAGUAUGAUCGACGCGGGUGUGGCAACCCCCCUAUUUGUCUUGAUUAAACACCCCGAUAUCGAGGUGCAAAUUGCUGCAACGCAGGUUAUCUGUAACUUGGCAUUGGAUUUCAGUCCGAUGAAAGAGGCGAUCAUUUCCGCGGACGUUCUCCCCACUCUGUGUGAGCAUGCACAUUCUCCAAGCACAAAGCUCCGCAUUGAGUCACUAUGGGCGCUGAAACAUGUGGCGUACAAUUCGACCAACGACGUCAAAGUUCGGAUUAUCGAUGGGUUGGGCCCCGGGUACAUCAGGCAGAUCAUCACGCAGGACCCGAUCAACGUCUUGGCGAAGCGAGGGCUGGACGAGGAGAUGGACAACGGCGGCGGGGUCGGGAUGGGCCGGGCCAACUCCGCAGGAGAGCAGGUGGACCUACUAAACCCGAUUGAGAAUGCCGGACACGACGAGGAUAUGAAGAUGGCAGACACCAUGCCACCGUCCAAGAUGAGCCUGGACAUGUUCCUUCCCGACGCCACGCGGCGGCGCAAGUUGGCGUUGCAUGGAAAUCUCGACCAGACGACUCAGGCCCGGCAGGAUGACAUUGCAGUGCAAGAACAGACAUUCGACCUAUUACGCAAUAUCAUCUGUGGGCCGGGAGCAUCCGAGAUGAUUGAGCACCUGUUCAAGACGCUCGGGCAGGAUUUGAUUCUGGAUGCAUUGGCGGACAAGCUCCGGCCCCGCUCGAUUCAGCUUCCGCACCGGAAGGAGGCGUCGGCACAGCGGGCUCUGAGUGUCCCUACGGAGAUAUUGGUGUCAGUCACGUUUGUCAUGAUUCAUCUGGCUGCCGGCCUUCCCUGGCACCGGCAGCUCCUGGUAUCGCACCGGGACCUGUUGCGCUACCUGAUGGGCUACUUCAACCACAGCCAUCGAGAUGUACGGACGAACUGCGUGUGGGUGGUGAUCAACCUCACGUACAAGGAUGACGCGAGCGAGGAGGAAGGCUGUCGAGAACGGGCGUUCCGACUGCGGGCGAUGGGAGUGAUGGAUCGGUUGGCCAACCUGGGAGACGACCCGGACCUAGACGUGCGAGAACGGACCCGGACGGCGCAGGAUUUGGUAAACUCCUUGACCCACACAUAGCGGUGCUGCAUGUCUGUUUGGUUGUGCGUUCGUUCGAUCGGUUCUUGCUUGGAGGUAUGGGUAGCACUGGGACUGGAUAUCUGGCAUCCAGGCAAAAGGGAAGGCGUUGAGGGCGUGUACAAAGAGUCGGCUCACUAUCGUAGACGAGACGUGCCCAUGCACGUAUGCAUUGUCAUUCUUUCUUCAUGCCACC